CCAGCAGAGCACAGCGAUGGCGCGGGCAUGAUAAAAGCCUGCGUAGGAUCGGCAGCUCUGCCAACCCCGGAUCCGCACCGAACAGAAUGCCUGGCCUCACCACCUUUCCGUCUUUCCCCUCCGACGUCCCCACCCAUGCCCUCCUCGUGGUCGACUACGAGCUUCUCGUAGCCGGGGACGAGCACGAGCUAGCUAAGCUCUGGCAUGCCGCCACCCACCUCGGCUUCUGGUACAUGCGCAAUCACGGCGUCGAGUGGGAGGUCGACGCCAUGUUCGACCUCGGCUCUGAGACGCUCGCCCUCCCGCUCUCUGAAAAAAUGAAGUAUGAGCAGGGCGACAACGGCGACUCAUUUGGAUACAAGGCCCGUGGCACCAUUGCCACAGACCUGAACGGCACCAGGGACACAGUGGAGUUCCUGAACAUCGCACAGGAUGACGCCCUGUCCUGGCCGCGCCCCACAUACCGCACCUACCCCUCCACCGUCAACGCGCGCAUGGACCGCGUCGUGGGCCCCUUCGUUCGCAAGUCAAUGGCGGUCAACAACACGCUCCUCGACAUCUUCGAGCGGCGCCUCGGCCUGCCGAGGGGCGCCAUCGCCAAACUGCACGCGACGGACGAGCUCUCCGGGAGCGAGGCGCGGGUCGUGAAGACACCCCCGAACCAGGCCAGCGCAGGCAUCGGAGCCCACACCGACUUCGGCACGCUCACGUUCCUCCAUAACCGUCUGGGCGGCCUCCAAGUGCUCCCGCCCGGCUCCCAGGAGUGGCAGUAUGUCAAGCCGCUUCCCGGCCACGCCAUCUGCAACGUCGGAGAUGCGCUCGCGAUUUUCAGCGGGGGCGUGCUGCGCUCGAACCUGCACCGGCUUAUGCCCCCGCCCGGACGCCAAUCGCGCUACGAGCGGUAUUCUGUCGCGUUCUUCACACGGCCCCAGAACGACGUCGUCCUCCGCCCGCUUUCCGAGCAGAGUAGGAUGAUCGCGGACGCGGCCGCGAAGAACCCAAGAGAGGAGUUCAGCACUGGCUCGACGGCCGGAGAAUGGACGUCGCGGCGUAUCAGGAAGCUGAGGCUGAGGAACCGAAGGGGUCCUGAGACAUGGUACGAGGCCAAGGGCACUGAACACCAAAUCGCCACGGUCGGUGCGGGCACGGUUGCCGCUGCGGCGUAGGAUGGAAGGCGGUGUUCGCUAUCGUCGCGAUUGAUUAUGGGUACUUUAUUACUGUGUUAAACUGCCUGACUGGUAGAUUGCUCCCCUGUACAGAUAACGUGUUGUAUACUUAGCUCCGUCUGCAGCUUAGUGCUUCCGCUAAACGUUCUAAUAUACGUUGUUGUAUC